AUGUCUCUUCUUCAAGAUUGGCCUUUUGUUGCCUUGAUUGCGGCAACUCCUUUGCUCAUUGAGCUCUGCAAGCCUUCAAAUUAUCCUUUGAGUGUCGAUACGAAACGUCAAUCCCGAUGGAGUUCAUUGCUCAAGGAUCAAACUUGGUGGAUGCGCGCUGCAUUACCUAUGUAUCUAUUGCAUGAGUUUGAAGAGCAUGGCUAUGACUUCUUGGGUAGGCGAUAUGCGUUUCAGCCGUAUUUCUGCAAAAAUCUGGGAUUUGAGAAUGUUGAAGCGUGUCCACUUAGCCCGCUUGUCGUUCUGUUUGUCAACGGUACAACUGUAUGGGUGACUGGCAUUGCUGCUCGGAAUAAUAUCCGGAUAGCAAGAAGUUUCUAUGGGUUUGCAUUUAUAAACGGCUUGACACAUGUUAUUCCGGCGUUGGUUGUUGGUCCAGCAUAUAAUCCUGGUCUUGUCACUACAUGGCUAUUGUUCUUUCCCGGGGCAUUCUUUGCCCUUCAGUGCCUAGGUGGUGCUAAAAGAGCGAUUGCAGCUGGAGUUUUAUGCCACGUCGUCUUGAUGGGUUCAAUGAAACUUGCUGCAAAAGGGUUGGUUGCUGAGUGGGUUCUCUGUGGGGUGCAAGUGUUGAACACCAUUUUGUUGAUCGUGCUCUAA